UUGUUUCGACUGCAACAAACAACAGGCAGACAAUUACCCUGCAGCCUCAUAUUCACUGCCCCCCGGGAGAGUAGGGUCCUAUUUCACCUUUGUUGCUUGCUGUAUAUACCCAGUAGCGUCAUUUCCUCUCAUUCUGAAUCUCUCUUCUUCACACUUGCGCUGUACUGCGUCUCGAACUACCCCACUACGGCAACCCGCCCAGUGCAUGCAUAUAUACAUAAACACAACAAACAACAGCACCCUAUGAGCGCCAGCUUCCAGGUCGAGGUUCCCGGCGAGGCCAAUCCCUUGACCGAGGGCAUCCUUUUCCAUGUCCUACGCUCCGCCUCGUCCGCAGACCAGACGCAGGUCCAGAGCGGCGCAAAGCAACUGCAGCAUUGGGAAAAGACACAGGGUUUCUACCCUCUGCUUCAGUCCGUUUUCCUCGACCAUUCCCUUCCGCUCGAAGUGCGAUACCUAGCCAUUAUCCAGUUGAAGAAUGGCAUCGACAAGUACUGGCGCAAGACUGCCACCAAUGCGGUGACAAAGGAAGACAAGGCCUCUAUCCGGGCACGUCUACUCGAGAGUGCGGUGAACGAGGCGGAUCCCCGGCUGGCCCUUCAGAACGCCUUAGUCGUAGCAAAGAUUGUCCGCUUCGAGUUUCCCAAUGACUGGCCAGAUCUGUUCCAGCAGCUCCUCCACAUACUCCGCGCCUCGACCGAACCCAACGCAUACUCACUACAACUCCCCCGUGCGCUCCUCGUGCUCCUAUAUAUCAUAAAAGAACUCUCCACAGGCCGCUUGCUGCGCACCCGCCAGAGCCUGCAUACAGUUGCUCCGGAAAUAUUCAAUGUUCUAGGGACAAUAUAUGUGAGUAAGGUGCAAACAUGGCAAACCUUCUUUCGUGAUGGUGGCGACGAUGAAGGCGGUGCAAUAGAGAGCAUUGACCACAGUCUGCUCGCCAUAAAGACCAUUAGGCGACUAGUCAUUGCUGGCUACGAAUUUCCAGGCAGAGACAAGGACAUUCAGGACUUUUGGACACUGACUCGUACUCACCUUGGCGGGUUUCUACAGUAUGUGACGCCAGAGAACUCGCCGCUUGCAGCAGAGGUGCAGAAGAAGAUUGGAAAACAUCUCAUGCAGCUGUCCAAACUUCAUCUCAACAUGGCUUCUACUCACCCCUCAGACUUUGUUCUCCUGCCAAACUCUUUAGAUCUUGCACGCGACUACUGGAGUCUGAUCGCAAAGGUAGGCGAGCAAUGGGGCUCUACGUCCAUAGAAGGCGCCAAAGUUAGUACCGAUGGCGACGCUGAGGAUGAGGCCCCCAUACUCGAACGUCUUGCUCUCAAAGGUUUGUUGUUGAUACGUGCGUGUAUAAAGAUGGUCUUCUAUCCCACCCAGACCUUUCGCUACAAGCAACAACAAGAAAAGGACGAAAAGAACCAAGCUACGCACUUGGUCCGCACAGACUUGUUCACAGACGACUUGGUGCGAGAAAUGAUGUCAGCACUCGUCCAGCGCUUUUUCGUCUUUCGUCCCAGCGACCUCCGCAUGUGGGAGGAAGAGCCCGAUGAGUGGGAGAAGAUGGAAGAAGGUGCAGAGGAUUGGGAGUUCGCCAUCCGCCCCUGCGCUGAAAAGCUGUUCUUAGAUCUCGCAAAGAAUUUCAAAGAUUUGAUCAUCCAGCCUCUGCUCCAAGUCUUUUAUUCCGUCGCAACCCCUCAGAAUGAGGACAUUCUGUUCAAGGACUCGGUGUAUACGGCCAUUGGCCUUGCAGCUGACAUACUUCAUGACAAGCUUGACUUUGACUCUUUUCUGGAGAACACCCUAGUUGUAGAGGCUACCAAACAGACACCCGGCUUCAACAUUAUUCGUCGUCGUAUUGCUAUCAUCAUUUCUCAAUGGAUUACCAUCAAGAUGGCACAAGAGAAGAAGCCUAUAGUAUACCAAAUCUUUCAACAUUUACUCGACAAGAACGAUCCACUGAACGACCAGGUCGUCCGCAUCACGGCCGGAAGGAAGUUUCACGCCGUUGCGGACGAAUGGGAAUUCAAGGCUGACGCCUUUUUGCCCUUUUCUGAGGUCAUGCUAGACAGACUCAUGGCUUUGGUGCAAGAAGUCGAACUUCCGGAGACAAAGAUGGCGCUGCUGAAUACUAUUAGUCUGAUUGUCGAGAGAAUGGAACACCACAUUACACCAUAUGCCAACAGUAUCAUCUCUCUCCUGCCGCCGCUAUGGGAGCAGUCUGGCGAAGAGCAUCUCAUGAAGCAGGCGAUUCUCACUAUACUUGCUCGUCUGACAAAUGCCAUGAAGGCCGACUCGCGCUCAUUCCAUGUUUCGUUCUUGCCCAUUAUUCAAAGCGCCAUCGAGCCUGGGUCAGAUACCCAAGUCUAUCUCCUCGAGGAUGCACUCGACCUGUGGGCGUCUAUUCUCGCGCAGACACCAUCUGCUCCUGAGCCUACGCCACCUGAGCUCCUCAGCCUUCUCCAGUAUCUUCUUCCACUAUUCAAUAUGGACAAUGAAACUCUGCGCAAAGCCAUUGAGCUCACAGAGGCCUACCUUCUACUUGCACCCGCUUCAGUGCUAGCUGAUUCUUUCCGGCCUGCCGUCCUUCAAGCACUCGCGGAGUUACUUGGUACUCUAAAGCCUGAAGCGAAUGGUAUCAUGACACACCUUGUGACAUGUAUCAUUCGUGGAGCUGAAGGGGUUGGUGGCGAAGAGGCAAUCAAGGUGUUGACUAGCGACCUCAUAUCUACUGGCUCUCUAGCAAAGGUUCUUGAAGGUCUACACGGCGCAUGGACACACCACCAGUCUCACGGUCCCUAUCGUGAACUCCCGUCUCAUGCUGUCGAUGGCGUGGUAGAAACAGACUACUUUACUGUCUUAGCCCGUAUCGGCGUCGCUUCUCCUUCGGUACUUCUCGAAGCUCUUGCUUCUCUAUCUAACGAAGGCUUAGAAAAGACACUAGAUUGGUUGCUAGAGGAAUGGUUCAGCCAUAUUGAAAACAUUGGAGAUGCACCAAACAAGAAGCUCAUGUGCCUUGUUCUGACUAGGUUUUUGGAGGGCGGGCAGCCGUGGAUGCUGGCAAAGUUGCAGUCACUGAUCGGUGUCUGGACGGAUGUGCUCGGCGAGUUGCUGGAUGGUAUGGAUGAUCGGACGCAAGAUUCUCUCUACUGGCCUCCAGAACCUUAUCACCCGACUGAGCCCGAAGCCCCAGAAGAUGUGCGCAAGCGUGAGCUCAUUUACACCGACCCUGUACACCAGAUCAAUCUCGUUGCUUUUGUCAGAGAACAUUUGCAGCAAGUGAUUCAGCAGGCUGGUGGCGAACAAGCGUUUCAAGAGGAGUGGUUGAGCCGAGUGGAUAAGGAGGUGCUCAAGGGCUUUGGCGAGUUGGGGAUUAUGUAGGUAGAUGGAGAUGGGGACAUUGGUACAAGAUUAUAAUCGAUUAGAUACUAUCAAGCGAUGAAAUGAGUAAAGAAAUAUGC